GCACAGGUUUGCCAAGGUAAGUUGGGUCCGUACUAGGAGUGUUUUAUCAGUAUAGCUAUACCAUUAAAGCGCUGCUAGUGUAAGCAUUUGGCCUCACUGUUAGGUGAUCAGGAAGCAUCAAUGCUGAACAAAAGGAAAAGUCUUCUUCCACCUCCAGCUUGCUAAGAAACUACCCCUUCCUCCAGAUGAGGAUCUGGCCAGAGUGAUCCAUGUAUCCAUUACCUCCAAAUUGGGUAAUUGCAACUCACUGUUUCUGGGGCUGAAGGUGGAUAAAAUGCAAAAGCUCCAGUUUAUACAGAAUGUGGUUGCUUGGUUGCCCCAUGGGACAGGCCUCUGAAAACACACCACCCUCCUUGCUGUUCACUGAUUCAGAGGUCUCUUUCAGCAUCAUUAAUUACCAAGUGUCUCCUUCCCACUAAGUAUGUAUAUUGUAUAGUAAAUUAUUUCCAUGCUUAAUCUAAUUUGUUGAGCCCAUGAGCCACAUUUGUUCUAAUUACAAACCUGUUGAAAUCAAUGGAGUUACGCCAGACAUUAAUUUUUUCAUGCUUCUAAUCUUUCAAGGUCCCUUUUAAUUUUUUCUCAGUCUUCAUUCACUGUUGCUUGUAUAAAUAGAGAGUAGAUGAUGAAAGUAAUGGUGUCCCUUUAAGGAGCUGUAGCCUAAAGUUGCUCUGAAUGGUCCCACCUGAAGAUGAGACAAGGCAGAAUGGAUAAAAGACUGGCAGAAGCACCUAUCGCUGUCUGAGGAGUGGAUGUAGAACAGCCCAGCCAAAAACAAGCAUAUGGGGAGUGGUGAAAGUAAAAAAAUGGAUUAUUCAAGUUGUGAAUGGAGGAAUGUCACUAAGGUUUCUUUGGGAGAGUUUCUGAGAUGUUGUGACCAGCCAAUAAGUGAGGAGCAGGCCUGGGCCCUUUGCUUUCAAUGUUGCCAUAAAAUGAAGCAGUUGGCUCAGGGCCCCCACCCUGUGGUGAUUAAAGGUCUAGGAAGCAUCCUUAUCCAUUCUGAUGGUGCUGUUUCCUUCACGGUGCGCCCUAAGUCUGGUAAGAACAAAGGCACCACCUGUUUGCUUUCUGCUGCUAAACUUUCUCUGAAAGUAGCAGUUGUACUGCCUGGGGAUUCCAAGCUGCAAAGCAAGUGUAGCUUGGGCUUUAACAAUCUGCAGCCUGCUUGUAUCAUCUGUCAGGAUGUUAACAAGACUCAACAACUGGAGGAGCAGCUGACAGAGCGUCUGGGAAUGGUGAUCUAUAAAGCCCUGGACUGGGGGAUUGACAACCAUCUGGAGCGAGAGCUGAGUGAACCACUGGAGAAGCUGAUCUCCCUCCUCCUGAAAUUGAACACUGAGGCAACAAAACCAGCAAUCACUUUCCAGGAUGUCCUCAAGAUCUGUGAGGAGCAUUUGCCCAGGCCCUCUGAGGCUGCCAGCUAUUACAGAACAGUCUGCAGGGUUCUCUUUGCUGAGUACGUAGAUCUUCAGAAACUAAUGCUCACCCUACAGAGCUCCAAAGAGAGUCUAAGAAGAAUGGAUGUGGAGGACUUGCUGGAAAAUGACACUCAGAGGGAGAAGGAUAAUUACUGGCAGGCUAGCUUGUGGCACGAUGUCAUCAGGGAACUGCAGAAUGGUGUGAGGCUGCGCAAGGCCAUGGAGCGACCUCAACGUAGCGUUCCUCCCAAGGAAUAUGCCCGGUCUCCCUAUGAGCUCUUGGCAGAGGACAUCCGACGCAAGAGGUACACCCUCCGCAAGGUGAAGAUCAACAGUGAGCAAAACUGCAAGAGGUCUGAAGGCAACACAGUCGCUUCACAGCCCCUUUUAAAGCCAGCCUCAGAGAGGAAGCUAAAAGAGAACUCCCCCAAAGCACCCAGUCUGCACGACCUGCUCAUGAUGGAAAUAAAACAGCCACAGAAGCUUCGGCCAUCUUCCACAGAGAAAAACGGGAGCAGGCAUAAAGAUACCUUUGUGAUGCCAAUGUUUUCCUUGAAUUCCCCGUGUGGCAAUGUCUUAUCUGUCCAAAAUGCCAGUACAGGACUUACAAUUCACAAAGUUAAAAAACAGCUGCUGAUCCCUGACUUGCUGGUCCCAGAAUUUCAGGAAGCAGACGGGGCAUUGAAAUACAACUUGGGAGUCAUCUCACACAGAUCUGUACUGACAUCCAGCAGCACAGAUUGCUCUGCAGACUGCACAUUUACCCCCAAGAGCGUGCCCGUGCAAGGAGACUGUAAAACAAACAGCUUUCCGAAUCGAAAUCAGCGACAGCCUUUCUGCCGAGGGAGGUUCGAGUCUUUAAGGAGUGCCCUUCAAAUCAAGGAAGAUGACUACCCCUCUCCUACAAGGCGGCCAUCACCAACCAUUGCUGAACUGAUUGGAACCAGAUAUGCCGUGAUGUCUGAAAUGGAGGGAUCCCGCCAAAGAGAUGGUUGUGCGAUAUCUUCAAGAGCCAGGGUCUGUUUCCAUUGCCAUAAGCAGAUGGUCUUUCUGUGGCCUUACAGGUGUCAUCUCUGUAGCAGUGUCAUCUGCUGUGAUUGUUGUGUCAAGAUGUCCAUGCCCUUCAGACCAUGUGUGCAUCUUCCGCUUAGCUUAAUAAAAGCACUGAGACUCUCCAAGGAGGAGGACUCAGCUACCCAAGAUCAGAAAUCCUCACAGUUGUUGUUUGAAGUAGAACAUUGGGAUUGUUCUAGAGUACCACUAGUGUUUGAACCCCAUUGCCUAGCACGGCCUCUUGCCUCUCAGAGGAAGACCAUGAUGGACUGGCCUUCUAUGGACAUCUGUACCACAUGUGAGCAAUACCUGUUACAUGUCCUCUCCAGCCAGCAGCAAUGCAUCCCUCCCAGGAAAAGAUCCAGGUCAUGGACUGAACUGGAAUGACUCCUUUCUCUAAACGUGUGUCCUGUCCUAUUGAUUCCUUUACAUUUUUGUGUUUUUUGCACCUGAAGUAAGAGUGCAAAAAUAACAGCUGUAUCUAUAUAUUAACAUAAAGGCCUGAAUAAAAGACCCCCUGCUGGAUACUCUUGGCUAGCCAGAAGACACAGCUGUUGUUUACUUCUAGU